CCCGCCCCCGAGCCCGGAGCGGCGUGGUCGGGGAGACCGUCCACCGGGCCGCCGGCGCUUGGCCAUGUCGUGUCGGGGAAGGUAAUGAGCCGCAGAGCCCCGGGGUCCCGGCUGAGCAGUGGCGGAGGCGCCAACAAGUACCCGAGGAGCUGGAAUGACUGGCAACCCAGAACUGAUAGUGCACCAGCCGACCAGGAUCAUUUAAAAUAUUCUUCGUCUAGAGAUCGGGGCAGCUCCGCCUCUUAUGGAUUACAACCUUCAAAUUCAGUUGUGGUGUCUCGUCAACGGCACGAUGAUAUCAGAGUCCACACCGACAUACAGAAUGAAGAAAAGGGUGGCUACAGUGUCAAUGGAGGAGCUGGGGAAAAUACUUAUGGUCGGAAGUCGUUGGGGCAAGAGCUGAGGGUUAACAAUGUGACCAACCCUGAUUUCACCAGUGUUCAGCAUGGAAAUCGUGCUUUAGCCACAAAAGACAUGAGGAAAUCACAGGAGCGAUCGUUGUCUUACUCUGACGAGUCUCGACUGUCAAACCUUCUUCGGAGGAUUACCCGGGAAGACGACAGAGACCGAAGACUGGCUACUGUGAAGCAAUUGAAAGAAUUCAUUCAGCAACCGGAAAAUAAGCAGGUCUUAGUUAAACAACUGGAUAAUAUCCUGACCGCUAUACAUGAUGUGCUUAAUGAAAGUAGCAAAUUGCUUCAGGAAUUGAGGCAGGAGGGAGCUUGCUGUCUUGGCCUUCUUUGUGCUUCUUUGAGUUAUGAGGCCGAGAAGAUCUUCAAAUGGAUUUUUAGCAAAUUUAGCUCGUCCACAAAAGAUGAAGCUAAACUGCUUUACUUAUGUGCCACCUUCAAAGCACUGGAGACUGUAGGAGAAAAGAAAGCCUUUUCAUCUGUAAUGCAGCUUGUAAUGACCAGCCUGCAGUCCAUUCUAGAAAAUGUGGAUACACCAGAAUUGCUAUGCAAAUGUGUGAAGUGCAUUCUUCUGGUGGCCCGAUGUUACCCUCAUAUUUUCAGCACUAAUUUUAGGGAUACAGUUGACAUAUUGGUUGGAUGGCAUAUAGAUCACACCCAGAAACCUUCCUUGACACAGCAGGUGUCCGGAUGGCUGCAGAGUUUGGAGCCCUUUUGGGUAGCUGAUCUUGCAUUUUCCACCACCCUUCUCGGUCAGUUUCUAGAAGAUAUGGAGGCUUAUGCUGAAGAUCUCAGUCAUGUGGCGUCUGGGGAAUCGGUCGAUGAAGACAUUCCUCCUCCAUCAGUGUCCUUACCGAAGUUGGCGGCACUUCUCCGGGUUUUCAGUACUGUGGUGCGGAGUAUUGGGGAGCGCUUCAGUCCAAUUAGAGGACCUCCAAUUACCGAGGCUUACGUAACAGAUGUUUUGUACAGAGUAAUGAGAUGUGUGACAACAGCAAACCAAGUAUUUUUUUCUGAAGCUGUAUUGACAGCUGCCAAUGAAUGUGUUGGUGUAUUGCUUGGUAGCCUAGAUCCUAGUAUGACCAUUCACUGUGACAUGGUCAUCACCUAUGGAUUAGACCAACUGGAGAAUUGCCAGACUUGUGGUACAGAUUAUAUCAUCUCGGUCUUAAAUUUACUGACAUUGAUUGUUGAGCAGAUCAAUACAAAACUGCCGUCGUCGUUCGUAGAAAAGCUGUUUAUACCAGCAUCUAAACUACUACUUCUGCGCUAUCAUAAAGAAAAAGAGGUUGUUGCAGUAGCUCAUGCUGUCUAUCAAGCCGUUCUUAGCCUGAAGAACAUUCCCGUCUUGGAGACCGCCUAUAGGUUAAUUUUAGGAGAAAUGACUUGUGCACUGAACAAUCUCCUGCAUAACCUUCAACUUCCUGAGGCCUGUUCUGAAAUCCAACACGAUGCUUUUAAGAAUCACGUUUUCAAUGUGGACAAUGCCAAAUUUGUAGUUAUAUUUGACCUUAGUGCCCUGACCACGAUUGGAAAUGCGAAAAACUCAUUAAUUGGGAUGUGGGCACUUUCCCCAACCGUUUUUGCGCUUCUGAGCAAGAAUCUGAUGAUAGUGCAUGGAGAGCUCGCCGUUCACUUCCCAGCUAUUCAGUAUGCCGUUCUCUACACUUUGUAUUCACAUUGUACCAGACAUGAUCACUUCAUAUCUAGCAGUCUUAGCUCCUCUUCUCCUUCUCUAUUUGAUGGAGCAGUUAUUAGCACCGUCACCACAGCUACAAAGAAACAUUUCUCAAUCAUAUUAAAUGUUCUGGGAAUAUUACUGAAGAAAGAUAAUCUUAAUCAGGAUACCAGGAAACUGCUAAUGACCUGGGCUUUGGAAGUAGCUGUUCUAAUGAAAAAGUCUGAAACAUACGCACCUUUGUUCUCUCUUCCAUCGUUCCAUAAAUUUUGCAAAGGACUUCUAGCAAACACUCUUCUUGAAGAUGUGAAUAUCUGCCUUCAAGCAUGUAGUAGUCUGCAUGCCUUGUCAUCUUCCCUGCCAGAUGACCUUUUACAAAGGUGUGUUGACGUGUGCCGCGUUCAGCUGGUCCAUAGUGGAACUCGGAUUCGACAAGCCUUUGGAAAGCUAUUGAAGUCUAUUCCGUUAGAUGUUGUCUUGAGCAAUAGCAGCCACACGGAGAUUCAAGAAAUUUCCUUAGCUAUAAGAAGUCACAUGAGCAAAACUCCAAGUAAUACUUUCCAUCCACAAGAUUUCUCUGACGUGAUAAGUUUUAUUUUGUAUGGAAACUCUCAUAGAACUGGGAAGGACAAUUGGUUAGAAAGAUUGUUCUACAGCUGUCAGAGACUGGAUAAGCGUGAUCAGUCAACCAUUCCACGCAAUCUACUGAAAACAGAUGCCGUUCUCUGGCAGUGGGCUAUUUGGGAAGCCGCUCAGUUCACCGUUCUCUCUAAACUAAGAACCCCGCUGGGCAGAGCUCAAGAUACCUUCCAGACAAUCGAAGGUAUCAUUAGAAGUCUUGCCGCUCAUACAUUAAACCCCGAUCAAGAUGUUAGCCAAUGGACCACUGCAGACAAUGAUGAAGGACAUAGCAGCAAUCAACUUAGACUUGUUCUUCUACUGCAGUACUUGGAAAAUUUGGAAAAACUAAUGUAUAAUGCAUAUGAAGGUUGUGCUAAUGCCCUGACUUCCCCUCCUAAGGUUAUCAGGACAUUUUUCUAUACCAACCGCCAGACAUGUCAAGACUGGUUAACUCGGAUUAGACUUUCCAUCAUGAGAGUUGGAUUGCUGGCCGGUCAACCCGCUGUGACAGUAAGACACGGUUUUGAUUUGCUCACUGAAAUGAAGACCAAUAGUAUCUCUCAGGGAAACGAGCUAGAAGUGAUUAUUAUGAUGGUCGUAGAAGCACUAUGUGAGCUUCACUGUCCUGAAGCUAUACAGGGAUUAGCUGUCUGGUCUUCAGCAGUGGUUGGAAAGAGUCUCGUCUGGAUUAAUUCAGUGGCCCAGCAAGCCGAAGGACGGUUUGAAAAGGCAACUGUUGAAUACCAGGAGCACUUGUGUGCUAUGACAGGGGUAGAUUGCUGCAUAACUGGGUUUGAUAAAUCCAUUCUGAAGUUGGCUAACAUGAAUACUAACAAUACCAGCCCCAAACAUUCUCUCAAUGGUGAUGCUAGGAAAACUGUCCUGGCCAAACCAAGUGAUUCUUCUCCUGAGGUUAUAAAUUACUUGGGUAACAAAGCAUGUGAGUGCUACAUCUCUCUUGCUGAUUGGGCUGCUGUGCAGGAAUGGCAAAAUGCUGUCCAUGACUUGAAAAAGAGCACAAGUAGUACUUCCCUCAACUUAAAAGCUGAUUUUAACUACAUAAAAUCACUGAGCAGCUUUGAAUCUGGUGAAUUUCUCGAAUGUACAGAACAACUAGAAUUGCUGCCGGGAGAAAACAUUAACUUACUUGCCGGAGGGUCAAAGGAAAAAAUAGAUAUGAAAAAGCUACUUCCAAACAUGUUAAGCCCAGAUCCACGAGAACUUCAGAAAUCCAUUGAAGUUCAGUUGCUCAGAAGUUCCGUUUGUUUGGCUACCGCUGUUAACCACAUAGAACAAGAACAAAAGUGGCAAUCUAUAACUGAAAAUGUUGUGAAAUAUUUGAAGCAAACAUCAAGAAUAGCUAUUGGACCAUUGAGGCUUUCCACUUUAACUGUUUCACAGUCCUUACCAGUUCUAAGUACUCUACAGCUGUAUUGUUCUUCUGCUUUGGAGAACACCGUGUCAAGCAGGCUUUCAACAGAGGACUGCUUAAUCCCACUCUUUAGCGAAGCUUUGCGUUCAUGUAAACAGCAUGAUGUAAGGCCGUGGAUGCAGGCUUUGAGGUAUACAGUAUACCAGAGUCAGUUGGUGGAAAAAAUCAAAGAACAAACGGUUCCAAUUAGAAGUCACCUCAUGGAAUUGGGUUUAACAGCUGCGAAGUUUGCUCGUAAACGUGGAAACGUUGCCCUGGCAACAAGAUUGCUCGCUCAGUGUAGUGAGGUGCGCUUGGGAAAGACGACCACUGCUCAAGAUUUAGUCCAGUAUUUUAAAAAACUGUCAACACAAGGUCAAGUAGAUGAAAAAUGGGGACCUGAACUGGAUAUUGAAAAAACGAAAUUGUUAUACACAACAGGUCAGUCAACCCAUGCUAUGGAAAUGCUGAGUUCUUGCGCCAUAUCCUUCUGCAAGUCUGCCAAAGCUGAAUACGCAGUAGCCAAAUCAAUUCUUACACUUGCUAAAUGGAUCCAAGCUGAAUGGAAAGAAAUUUCAGGACAGUUGAAACAGGUGUACAGAGCCCAGCAGCAGCAGAACACCACGGGCCUGUCUACAUUAUCUAAAAACAUACACACUUUGAUCGAACUGCCGUCCGUCAACACCACCGAAGAGGAGUAUCCCCGCAUCGAGAGUGAAUCAACAGUCAACAUUGGAGUUGGGGAACCGGACUUCAUCCUGGGCCAGUUGUAUCACCUGUCUUCAGUGCAGGCACCUGAAGUGGCCAAAUCUUGGGCAGCGCUGGCAAGUUGGGCUUACAGAUGGGGAAGAAAGGUGGUUGAUAAUGCCAGUCAGGGAGAAGGUGUUCGACUACUGCCAAGGGAGAAAUCUGAGGUUCAAAAUGUGCUUCCAGACAACAUAACAGAGGAAGAUCGAGAGAAGAUCUACGGCAUCCUUGGGCAGGCGGUGUGUCGGCCAGCCGGAAUUCAGGAUGAAGAUAUAACACUGCAGAUAACAGAGAGUGAGGACAAUGAGGAAGACGACAUGGUGGAUGUUAUCUGGCGUCAGUUAUUGACGAGUUGCCCGUGGCUCUCCGAUCUUGAUGAAAAUGCCACAGAAGGUCUAAUUAAAGUAUGGAGAAAAGUUGUAGAUAGGAUCUUCAGUCUCUACAAACUCUCCUGCAGUGCCUAUUUUACUUUCCUUAAACUCAAUGCUGGUCAGAUUACUCUAGAUGAAGAUGACCCAAGGCUGCACUUAAGCAUAAUGUCUGAACAAAGCACCGACGACGUUAUUGUAAUGGCAACGUUGAGGUUGUUGAGAUUGCUGGUCAAACAUGCUGGAGAGCUAAGGCAGUAUCUGGAGCACGGCUUAGAAACCACCCCCACUGCUCCUUGGAGAGGUAUCAUUCCGCAGCUCUUCUCCCGUCUAAAUCAUCCUGAAGUGUAUGUCCGCCAAAGUAUUUGUAAUCUACUCUGUCGAGUGGCACAAGAUUCUCCUCAUCUCAUAUUAUAUCCCGCAAUUGUGGGAACUAUUUCACUGAGUAGUGAAUCCCAGACAUCAGGCAACAAGUUACCUUCAGCCAUUCCCACUUUGCUGGGCAAUAUUCAAGGUGAAGAAUUACUAGGAGCAGAAUGUGAAGGGGGAAGUCCUCCAGCUUCUCAAGAUAGCAAUAAAGACGAACCCAAGAAUGGCUUAAAUGAAGAUCAAGCUAUGAUGCAGGAUUGCUACAGCAAAAUUGUAGAAAAAUUGUCUUCUGCCAACCCAACAAUGGUCUUACAGGUUCAAAUGCUGGUAGCCGAAUUGCGCAGGGUGACCGUUCUUUGGGAUGAGCUCUGGCUGGGAGUUCUUCUACAACAACAUAUGUAUGUUCUGAGACGCAUUCAACAGUUGGAGGAUGAAGUAAAGAGAGUCCAGAAUAACAAUACGUUACGCAAAGAAGAGAAAAUUGCAAUAAUGCGCGAAAAGCACACAGCUCUGAUGAAGCCCAUCGUAUUUGCUUUGGAACACGUACGGAGCAUCACUGCCGCUCCGGCCGAAACACCUCAUGAAAAGUGGUUCCAAGACAACUAUGGUGAGGCAAUUGAAAAUGCCCUGGAAAAACUCAGGAACCCAUUAAAUCCUGCAAAACCUGGAAGCAGCUGGAUCCCGUUUAAAGAGGUGAUGCUAAGUUUGCAGCAGAGAGCACAGAAACGUGCUAGUUAUAUCCUGCGCCUUGAAGAAAUCAGCCCCUGGUUGGCUGCCAUGACUAAUACUGAAAUUGCCCUUCCUGGAGAAGUAUCAGCCAGAGAUACCGUGACGAUCCACAGUGUGGGUGGAACCAUCACAAUCCUACCUACUAAAACCAAACCCAAAAAACUGCUCUUUCUGGGUUCAGACGGGAAAAACUACCCCUAUCUCUUUAAAGGACUGGAAGACUUGCACCUGGAUGAGAGAAUUAUGCAGUUUCUAUCUAUCGUUAACACCAUGUUUGCUACGAUUAAUCGCCAAGAGACGCCCCGUUUCCAUGCCAGGCACUAUUCCGUGACCCCACUGGGAACCAGGUCGGGCCUAAUUCAGUGGGUAGACGGAGCCACUCCCUUAUUUGGUCUUUACAAGCGGUGGCAACAGCGAGAAGCCGCUUUACAAGCACAAAAGGCCCAGGAUUCCUACCAGACUCCCCAAAAUCCCGGAAUAGUACCUCGGCCCAGCGAGCUUUAUUACAGUAAAAUUGGGCCCGCCCUGAAAGCGGUCGGACUCAGUCUCGACGUGUCUCGGCGAGACUGGCCCCUUAACGUGAUGAAGGCCGUGUUGGAAGAACUGAUGGAAGCAACCCCUCCAAACCUUCUUGCCAAGGAGCUUUGGUCUUCUUGUACCACCCCUGACGAAUGGUGGAGAGUCACGCAGUCUUACGCAAGAUCCACUGCGGUCAUGUCAAUGGUCGGAUACAUUAUUGGCCUUGGAGAUAGACAUCUGGAUAAUGUUCUUAUAGACAUGACUACAGGGGAAGUUGUUCACAUAGAUUACAAUGUUUGUUUUGAAAAAGGUAAAAGUCUGAGAGUGCCAGAGAAAGUUCCUUUCAGGAUGACUCACAACAUUGAAACAGCUCUCGGUGUAACUGGAGUUGAAGGAGUUUUCAGGCUUUCUUGUGAACAGGUUCUACAAAUUAUGCGGCGUGGAAGAGAGACCUUGCUGACGUUGCUGGAAGCCUUUGUGUACGAUCCUCUUGUGGACUGGACAGCCGGAGGGGAAGCAGGAUUUGCAGGAGCCGUCUAUGGCGGAGGCGGCCAGCAGGCAGAGAACAAGCAAAGUAAAAGGGAGAUGGAAAGGGACAUUACCCGCAGCCUCUUUUCCUCCCGAGUAGCUGAAAUCAAGGUAAACUGGUUUAAGAACAGAGAUGAGAUGUUGAUUGUGCUUCCAAAGCUAGAUGGAAGCUUAGAGGAAUACCUAAGCUUGCAAGAGCAAUUGACAGAUGUUGAAAAACUGCAAGGCAAGCUCGUUGAGGAGAUUGACUUUCUAGAAGGAGCCGAAGGAGUAGAUCAUCCCUCUCACACUCUGCAGCACAGGUAUUCUGAGCACACCCAACUGCAGACUCAGCAGAGAACCGUUCAGGAAGCGAUCCAGGUGAAGUUGAAUGAGUUUGAGCAGUGGAUAACGCAUUACCAAGCUGCAUUUAACAAUUUAGAAGCCACCCAGCUGGCCAGUCUGCUUCAGGAGAUCAGCACCCAAAUGGACCUGGGCCCUCCAAGCUACGUGCCCGCAACGACCUUUCUGCAGAACGCUGGCCAAGCCCACUUGAUCAGUCAGUGUGAGCAGCUGGAGGGCGAAGUUGGGGCUCUCCUUCAGCAGAGGCGCUCAGUACUGCGGGGCUGUCUCGAGCAGCUGCACAACUACGCCACCGUAGCCCUGCAGUACCCCAGAACCAUAUUUCAGAAGCACCGCAUCGAGCAGUGGAAGACCUGGAUGGAAGAACUGAUACGCAGUACGACCAUCGAGAGAUGUCAGGAGUUAUACCGGAAGUAUGAGCUCCAGUAUGCCCCCCAGCCACCGCCAACGGUGUGUCAGUUCAUAACUGCCACUGAAAUGACUCUUCAGCGAUACGCGGCCGACAUAAAUAAUCGGCUUAUCAGACAAGUAGAGCGCCUGAAACAAGAAGCAGUUACUGUGCUGGUCUGUGAGGAGCAGUUAAAAGAAAUUGAACGCUGCAUUAAGGUUUUUCUUCAUGAAAAUGGAGAGGAGGGGUCAUGGAGCCUAGCGAGUGUUAUCAUUUCUGCACUCUGUGCACUCACAAGGCGCAACUUAAUGAUGGAAGGUGCUGCUUCCAGUGCUGGCGAGCAGCUAGUUGAUCUGACUUCCCGAGAUGGGGCCUGGUUCUUGGAGGAGCUGUGCAGCAUGAGCGGAAACGUAACGUGCCUCGUACAGCUACUGAAGCAGUGCCACCUGGUCCCUCAGGACUUAGAUAUCCCCAAUCCGCUCGAAGCUUCGGAGGCCGUGCACUUAGCUAACGGAGUAUACACCUCGCUUCAGGAAUUGAACUCCAAUUUCCGGCAGAUCAUCUUUCCAGAAGCCCUUCGAUGUUUAAUGAAAGGGGAAUACACUUUAGAAAGCAUGCUUCACGAACUGGACAACCUAAUUGAACAGACAACUGAUGGCGUGCCAUUGCAAACCCUGGUUGACUCUCUUCAGGCUUAUUUAAGAAAUGCAGCUAUGGGCCUGGAAGAAGAGACACAUUCUCAUUAUAUUGAUGUUGCCAGAAUACUCCAUUCUCAGUACGGCGAAUUGAUUCAACCAAGGAAUGGUUCAGUUGAUGAAACACCAAAAAUGUCAGCCGGUCAAAUGCUUUUGGUUGCAUUCGAUGGAAUGUUUGCCCAAGUGGAAACCGCUUUUGGCUUGUUAAUUGAAAAGUUGAACAAGAUGGAAGUCCCCGUAUCGUGGCGAAAGAUUGACAUCAUAAGAGAAGCCAGAAGCACACAAAUUAAUUUCUUUGAUGAUGAUAAUCACCGGCAGGUUCUGGAGGAGAUUUUCUUUCUCAAAAGACUGCAGACCAUCAAAGAAUUCUUCAGACUCUGCGGUACUUUUUCUAAAACACUGUCAGGAUCGAGUUCCCUCGAAGAUCAGAGUACGGUGAACGGACCUGUUCAAAUUGUUAACGUGAAAACGCUUUUUAGAAACUCCUGUUUUAGUGAAGAUCAGAUGGCCAAACCCAUAAAGGCGUUUACCGCGGACUUCGUGAGGCAGCUUUUAAUUGGACUGCCCAAUCAAGCCUUGGGGCUAACCCUCUGCAGUUUCAUCAGCGCGCUGGGCGUGGACAUCAUCGCCCAGGUAGAGGCGAAGGACUUCGGGGCAGAGAGCAAGGUUUCGGUGGACGACCUGUGCAAGAAAGCCGUCGAGCACAACAUCCAGAUUGGAAAGUUCUCCCAGCUGGUCAUGAACCGAGCCACGGUUCUGGCCAGUUCCUACGACACGGCUUGGAAGAAGCACGACUUGGUGCGCAGGCUAGAAACCAGUAUUUCCUCUCUCAAGACCAGUCUGCAGAGGGUGCAGCUCCAGAUCGCCAUGUUUCAGUGGCAGCACGAAGAUCUCCUCAUCAGCCGACCACAAGCCAUGUCUGUGACUCCUCCGCCUCGCUCCGCUAUUCUGACGAGUAUGAAAAAGAAGCUGCAUACUCUCAGCCAGAUAGAAACAUCCAUUGCGGCAGUUCAGGAGAAACUAGCAGCCCUUGAAGCCAGCAUUGAACAACGGUUGAAGUGGGCAGGAGGGGCCAAUCCCGCAUUGGCCCCAGUCCUGCAAGAUUUUGAGGCAACAAUAGCCGAAAGAAGGAACCUCGUUCUGAAAGAAAGCCAGCGAGCAAAUCAGGUCACUUUCCUCUGCAGCAAUAUCAUUCAUUUUGAAAGCCUACGAACGCGGACUGCCGAAGCUUUAAAUCUCGACGCUGCCUUGUUUGAACUCAUCAAACGCUGCCAACAGAUGUGUUCCUUUGCAUCACAGUUUAACAGCUCAGUUUCUGAAUUAGAGCUGCGUUUACUGCAGAGAGUGGGUUCCGGUCUUGAACACCCCAUUGGCAGCCCUGAAUGGCUUCUUUCUGCACACAAACAACUGACCCAGGAUAUGUCUACUCAGAGGACGGUUCAAACGGAAAAAGAACAGCAAAUAGAAUCAGUCUGCGAAGCAAUUCAGAACCUUGUGGAUAGUAUUAAGACAGUGCUCACCGGUCACAACAGGCAACUUGGAGAUGUUAAACAUCUGUUGAAAGCAAUGGCCAAGGAUGAAGAAGCGGCUUUGGCAGACGGUGAAGAUGUUCCCUAUGAGAACAGUGUUAGACAAUUCUUGGGUGAAUAUAAGUCAUGGCAAGACAAUAUUCAAACGGUAUUGUUUACAUUAGUUCAGGCUAUGGGGCAGGUUCGCAGCCAAGAGCAUGUUGAGAUGCUGCAGGAAAUAACUCCCACCUUGAAAGAGCUGAAAACACAGAGCCAGAGUAUCUACAAUAAUCUAGUGAGUUUUGCAUCACCCUUAGUCACAGAUGCAACAAAUGAGUGUUCCAGCCCAACAUCAUCUGCUACAUAUCAGCCAACCUUUGCUGCAGCGGUCCGCAGUAACACUGGCCAGAAAACUCAGCCUGAAGUUAUGUCGCAGAACGCGAGGAAGCCGAUGCAGAAAAAUCUUGCCACAUCAGCAGAUACCCCACCAAGCGCAGUUCCAGGAACUGGCAAGAGCGUGGCCUGUAGUCCUAAAAAAGCAGUCAGGGAUCCUAAAACCGGAAAAGCUGUGCAAGAAAGGAACUCGUAUGCAGUGAGUGUGUGGAAGCGGGUCAAAGCCAAGUUAGAGGGCCGAGAUGUGGAUCUGAACAGGAGGAUGUCUGUUGCUGAACAGGUGGACUAUGUGAUUAAGGAAGCAACUAAUCUAGAUAACUUGGCUCAGCUGUAUGAAGGUUGGACGGCCUGGGUAUGAAUGGGAAGGCAGCAGAUCCGUCUGGUUCGGGGAGGUCAGACAUCCACCAGAAUCAACUCGGCCUCAGGCAUCCAUAGCCGCGGCACAGUCGGCGGUGAUGCACACUGGGGCCUAAUCUGAGGAAACCUAGGAAAUCUCGGUGCACUGGGAAGUGAAACCUGCAGGAUAGCUGCACUCAGGGAUACGCUCAACACAACGGUCUGCAACCCCAGGGUCACGGGUGAAAGCUCAUCGCUUGAACACCACGAUUGUCUUUCUGCUACGGAACAACACUGCCAACGCGUCAGGAGGUUAGCCGCAGAAAGAAAUCCGAAUGCUACGGAGCGCGGAGUGAUUUGGAACUCUAUUCCACCUGACCCCCUCCCUGGGUGUACAAUCCGGGGAAACAGCAAACCCUGGUCCAAGAGAAACGGAAAACUGGGGCCAUGAAGAAGUCACAGCAAAGGAAGAUUUGAUGCAUUCAGAGUCUUGCAUUAUUCUUGUUGCUUGGCAACACUACUGGUUGGGGUUGACCAGUAAGUACAAAAAAAGGAGGAAAAAAUAACGGCUAUGUGGUGUGAACUUCAGAAAUAGACUGAAAAGAGAGAGAGAGCUGUAAAACAGUUACACUACAUUGGAAGAACUUCUGAAAUGAAGAUAAAAAGCCUUUGGGUUUUGGGUUGUUUUUUUUUUUUUUUAAUUUGGGUUUUUUUUUUUUUUGCCUAUUCUUGUAGAUUAGACAUACUUCAAAUACCCUUUUAUUUCAAUCCUCUUAUUUCACACACUUCAGCCUGUAUAUUUUUAACACCCUCAAUUCAAUUUGGUAAAAGAGCAGUUUUCCAAAACAGGGAAAACAUUGAACAUUCAAGGAUUACUUAAAGGUUGGGUGGUUACUUUUCAUGACUUCCGUGAUUCUAUCAUUUCCAGUUUUCCAGAAUUGUCACUGUGCAUCUAAAAGUAAAGAAUCUAGAAGACAUUUGAUGUCAUGUUUGCUCCCUGCCCCUUGCAGUGUGCUUUUCUUUGGGGGGGGGGGGGAGGGAAGGGCAACACGGGGAGGUUGUGAAAGAUCCAAAUUUGUUCGCUAAAUCACAUUCUACCAUAAUUGAUGUUUCUUUCAUUAAAAGUAGCUGAUCCAAUGUAACCUUUUACCUUUUUUAAAACCAGGAUAGAAUAUCUAUUAGCGUUUUACAUUGUUGAUGACAGAUAAACAAUAAAGUGACGUUCUGGUGGAGAUAGAGUGACACGUUUUUUAAUUCAGUUUCCUCAUACUUUUAAUUUACAAAAUGUAAAUUAAGGGUGCUUCAGUUCAUUUUAAGUCUUGUUCAUUUGUAACAUUAGAAAAAGUGAAAAAUUCCACCUUUUCUGUUAAAUGAACUUUAAAAGUUGUAUGUGAAGUGAUUUUUUCAGCAUGACAAUAAUUUGUUCGGCACUACUUUACCAAUUAUCAUGAUAAAGAUUUUCUUAAAGUUUAACAUCGCAUUUAAAUGUUGAGCUAUUCAGCAACUAAAUCAUUGCCGAAAAUCCUGCCUAGAUUCAGAAUUUUUUUCAAUCAUCUAUUAACAGCAGAAAUAACAGACCACACUUAUAAUUUCAAUGUCCCAGAAAACGUUUUUCCGCACUUUAUAGAUUUUGAACCAAGUUCACUUUCUAUUUGCCAGUCUUUAUAGACAAACUUGAAAAGUGUUAAGAAAAAUUCCACACAAAUAUGAGCUUCUUCUGUAUUUGGAUUCCCUGAUCUGAUUUCCGUAUGCCUGUAAUUACGUGGUUGACCAUAAGAAUGCAUUUCAGCAUUGAUGCCUUCUUAAAUCUUUGCUAUACUUUGUAUCGCAGAAGAAAGUCAGUGUUUGAAUAUCCAUGUGCCUAAGAAGAUUUAUCACAGUUUCUUUUUACUUUUGCUGAUUACACAGAAAAUCAUUUUUAAAAGUCCUAAACCCAACUAGAAUAAUAAUGCUCCAACGUGUUUGGAGUCUUGCUUUGUUUCUCAGAAGCUGUUAAUGCACUCUUCUCAUUUGCACCUGCUAUCGGAAAAAAAAUUGGGAGGUCCAUCAUAUAACUGAAAAAGUAACACCUUUUAGCCCCGUUCCCACAAGUUGGCCUCCUGUUUAAUAUCCAGAAGUUGUAUUCCUGCUUGCCGAGGAAGAUGAACAAAUGAGUUCAUUUUAUCUCAGCAAAUUACUUAGAUCUGAACAUCUGUACAUCUAAUAGAGUCCCCCUAGGAGAAUUCCACGCUUCAUUAUUUUUUAAACUAUCUAAAGAUGAAAGUAUUCGCAGACAUACUUCUGUGGCCCAUCAAAAGCUAGGUGACUGAUAGAACAAAAUGCCUGUGUUCAUGUGUGGUGCAGAAAAUAAAAUAUUUUCUGCUGUCUUCAGAGGUAUUUACAGCAGCCUGGAGUUCUUCCCCAAGCUCUGCAUUAGUUUGAAUACCUCAUGGAAAUGAAAUUCAAAGUGGCCUUGCAGUCUCGGACUGCUAUAUUACGUAAAUCCUCACCAGUAUUGUCAGGACUUUAAAGAUAGAAAGAUGCUAGUGUAGCAAAUUGAAUAGUCAUUAAUUCUGAAGGUGUGCAGUUUUUUUGAUCAUGUUGAAAAUGUCAUCAGAAUUCAGAUGGUCGUGAUGAUAUUUGCUAAGCAGAAUAAUCGGGGAAAAGAAGAGUGUUUUAUGAUUUGGGGGUACAUAUUUUCCUGGUUUCUUUUAUUUUAGUUCCCCUUGAAGACCUAAAUUCCCCCUAGGGGUUAUCAACACUGCCGUUAAGUUUCAGGCAUUUCUUAGUGGCCUCAUUCUUUUUUUUAAUUAUUAUUUUAAACUGGUUGUCCUAAGAAACUAGCGUCUGCAGUGAUUCCACUAGCCUUUUCCUUUUGUGUGUGUUUGCACCAUGCCAAUUGCUGGGUCCCCAUUUUCAUCCAGCUUUCUAGGUGGUUCUGUGGAUUAAUUUGCUUUGAGAUUCUCCAGGUCUGGGCCUAAAACCCAUAGCUUCCCAUUGAGAUCAGUGGAGCUUUUAUGUGGGAACGGAAAAGAACAGACAACUUCCCGUAGCCCCUUGUCUUUGGUAUUGCCUCUUCAAUUUAUGGACUAAAGUUCAUAAUCUGGAGGUAGAAGCUGAUGACAGAAAAAUGUGAGUUUAUUUCCACCACCCCCGCAUCCCCACCAUUAAAUGCUUUCAGAUUUUAAGUGGACUUCUCCAGCGAGUGAUUAGUUUGAUAGGUAAAUUGUAAGGAAGGCACCAUUUUAAAAGAAUGGGUAGGACGUUGGGAAGUAUGGUCAAACUCAGACAUAAAGGUGAAAUCUAGUCUUAACGCAUCCAAGGAAUUAGGCAGUAGUUAAACUGCUGUUGAGUCUUCCCCUCCUCCCUGUUUUUGUAAUUACUCUCACUUUGUUUUCGCAGCACCAAAACAAAGGAGCUGGUCACCGCCUCACUUCCACUUCCCCAGGAUAAAAAACAAACCUGUUUGUGAAUGUUUUUAAACCACAGUAAAGUAUGUUGGGCGGCUGCCAAAUUCACAGAUUUUCUUAGCUAGUGUUCUGUACUAAUUUACCAUUCAUACAUAUCAACUUUUAUUAUUGCUUAUGGCCAUUGGAUAUUUUGCAGAGAUGAAAUUGGAUUCAAUCAGUGUCCUUAAUACCAUUUGCAGGUUGACCUAUAUAUUACUUUGCAACAAGCUAGAAUUAGGAUGCCUUGUUCUCUCCAUGGGUCAGGGGAUGCACAACCUUACUGAAAGUGAGUUUUUCCAUUGCUCCAGUAGCGGCAUUUGCUGCUUUGCUUGGAUUAGAAAGUAACUAUUGGGAAAAACUUGGAAAGGAUAAGAGGGUUAUCAGAUAGGUGGUGGUAGGGAAAGCCAUGUGUUUUGGGGGGUUUUUUUGGGGGGAGGGGGUUGCCGGUUUUCCAGCCUCUUUGAUCUGGAUUAAAACGAUAAUACAUAUUUUCUCUUCAUUCCCAGAAAAGAGUGAGGCACCAGGUAGCCUCACUUGAGGAAAGGGCUGAAAAGCACAAAUGUUACUAUCCAUUUGGAACAUAGGCCAGUUGAUUUUUCCAUUCAAAGUGUGGUGGAUUUAUUUUACAUUGUGAUAGUGGAAAAAUGUAAUGCAGUUGUGUAUUUUUGAAGAUGGUAACAAAUUGCAUGACACUGCGAUACACACAGGCUUGUGGAUGAUGUCUGGUUUAUUUUCACAUCCUGGCUGAAUUGAAGAUUUUGUGCUUUGAUCCAACACUCCCAAAUGUUUCACCUCUGCAGUUAAAACCCACGGGUUCGUUAUUUUUCCGUUGAUUAAAAAAAAUGCCCUUCCUUCCCGACGCUAAUGAGGAAAACGGCAUUGGAGAACUUAAGGCAUUCAUGCUCUUGUUGAAGUCAAGUAAGUUGCGAUGAAUCUUCCGUUGUCCUGAUCACGUAAAAGUGAAGGAAGCUGCUCCUCUGCGCAAAUGGAGAUAAUUUUGUUAGUGUAAACCAGACUAGCUUCCUUGUCAAAAGGCCAUUUACAGAAAGUUUCUGGUAAUUGUUCGUAUUGCAUCUCUUGGAGAAAAAUCACAAGCAUUCUUUUGUGCACACAUUACAUUUUCAUGGCAAAAAUUGUAUAAAAACAUUUCAAAAAAAUAAAAGUUCAAACUCAACUGA